AUGUCUAUCCUUUUUGGUGGCUUUAGCGGUAGAGGACGUGGUAAGGAAAUAUCUGGUUCGCUCUUCAAACUCUCACGAUUGAAUCUUAUACUUUUGCAUAUCGUGGUGGGCGAUUUUUGUGGUGUUGGUGUUGGUUCUGGUAGUGAAACUAGUGGUGGUUUGCCGUCACAACACGUUAUGGAUGCAAAUAUUGACAUAAAUGUUCCGUUAGUUGCAAUAGAUUUAAAUUUUCCUUUUUUCAACUAUGAGGCAAAUUCUCCAAAUUCACUAGACUUGAAUGAACCACCUCUUAAUGAAGAUGAUGUUCCUCUAUUUCUAUCUAGUGAUCCAACUGAAGAAGAAUAUACACAGUCGGAUGAAGAGUUUGAAGACUUUCUCAAUAACCAGUGGGAUGUGGAACAAGAAAACUCAAUUGAUGGUGAUGCUAUUGAUAAUCAUGAGGAAGCUAAUGAGGACCUGCCACUACCACAAGUGGUUACUAUCAAUAAGAGAGGAAAAAACAUGUCCAACGAUACAAGAAGAGACAUAUAUGAGAUGUUAUUGAAAAAGAGUGUUGAUGGGAAGUUGGGCAGAAAUGCAACACGAGAGGUGUCAUCACAUUUUUCGGUUCCUAUAUUAUCCGUUCAACGCAUUUGGAAACGAGCAAAAGAUUGUGGUGCUCAUGUUGAUGUAUCCCACAAAAUGUCAAGAGGUGGUCGAAAGAGAGUAGAAAUUGAUUUGGAAAAAAUUCGUGAUGUGCCGUUGCAUAAAAGGACAACGAUUGAAUCUUUAGCACAUGUCUUAGAUGUCAAAAAGACUACGUUUUUUCGGCUAAUAAAGUCCGGGAAAAUACGGAAGCAUUCAAAUGCUAUAAAGCCUUUCUUGAAGGAAGAAAACAAAAGAGCAAGAUUACAAUUUUGCAUUAAAAUGAUUGAUGCCAAUAGCAUACCAAACAAUCCAACUUUUGUGGAAAUGUACAACAUUAUUCAUAUUGAUGAGAAGUGGUUCUCUAUGACAAAAAAAAAUGAGAACUAUUACUUGUUGCAAGAUGAAGAUGAUCCGAUACGUAGUUGUGUUAGUAAAAUUUUUCUCCCAAAGGUCAUGUUUUUGGCUGCCGUAGCUCGCCCAAGAUUUGAUUCACAUAGAAAUGUAACAUUCGAUGGAAAAAUUGGCGUCUUUCCUUUUGUCAUAAGAGAGCCUGCUAAAAGGACUAGUGUUAAUAGAGUGGCUGAUAUUGGAAAUCCGAUUUUUAUUCAACAAGACAACGCUAGGACACAUAUUGAUAUCGAUGAUGAAGAAUUUUGUGAAGCUGCUAAGAAAAAUAGAUUUGAUAUUCGUUUAAUGUGUCAGCCUCCGAAUUCGCCUGAAUUAAAUGUUCUUGAUCUAGGAUUUUUUCGUGCUAUUCAGUCCUUACAACAAAAAAAGGUAUCUCAAACUAUUGAUGAACUUGUUAAUGCCGUGGAGAUGUCGUUUGAUGAAUUUUCACCGAUUAAGUCAAAUCAUAUAUUCUUGACUUUACAAAUGUGCAUGGAUGAGAUCAUGAAAGCAAAAGGAUCAAACAGGUUUAGAAUUUCACACAUGAAAAAGAAGGUGUUGGAAAGACAAGGACAACUACCAACAAAUGUCAGUUGUGAUUUUAAUUUGGUGCAAGAGGUUCUCAAUUUCUUAAACUAG